UGGCAGCUACUUUUAAGGUUUGCGCGAUAUCCAGACUCGCCCGUCCGAAGUUAUUUAAGUAACGUUUCGGAAAAAGUUUCUUCAGUCGCGGGUGUUUCUGAGAGAACGAACAUCUACGACAGACAAAAUGGCGGACAAAGAAAAGAAGGUCAAGAAGAAGAAGAAGGAAGAAACCAGCGAGGCUCCAGCCGCCGCCGCUGCCCCAGCCGCCGAAACCCGCACAUCCUCCAAGAGCUCCUCGAAGAGGGCCAAACGUUCCGGCUCCAAUGUCUUCUCCAUGUUCUCCCAGAGCCAAGUGGCCGAGUUCAAAGAAGCCUUCCAGCUGAUGGACCACGACAAAGACGGUAUCAUCAGCAAAGAAGACUUGAGGGCAACCUUUGACGCCGUCGGUAAGAUCGCCAGCGAGAAGGAACUCGACGAGAUGAUCCGUGAGGCACCCGGACCAAUCAACCUCACUCAGCUGUUGGGUCUCUUCGGUAGCCGAAUGGCCGAUUCCGGUGGUACCGACGACGAUGAAGUCGUAGCCGCUGCCUUCAGGUCGUUCGACGAACCCGGUGGUAUCGACAGCGAGAAGUUCAGACAUGCCCUGAUGACCUGGGGAGACAAAUUCACCGCCAAAGAGGUCGACGACGCGUUCGACGCGAUCGACAUCGAUGACAACGGUCGGAUCGACACCGCCGCCCUGAUCACCCUCCUCACCGCCUCCGCGGAGGAGGAAGGUGAGGGUGAGGCCGCCUAAGCGACUCUCUAAUUUACCACCACCCAAAAUACCCGCGAACGGCUACGUCACGUGACAUGUUAUGUUAAUUGUAGGAGCUCACCGUAGGCGGAUGACACCGUCGCCUCCAAAUGUCACAGUGAGAUGUGCACAACUUACUAUCACUGAUUGGUCGCACACGUUAUCUUAAGCGACUUUUAUUUUUUAAUUUAACGUUUAAUAAACAAUUUACAUUUCCUA